AUGGCGACCCUGGAUGAGUUGAAGGAAGCGCUCCGGAAGAGUGUCUCAGCAACCUUACCGUUCGCCUCGAGGCAAACAUUGUCUGACGCACAGUAUGGCGCUGGAUUUGAAACCUUGUUGUACGGUCCAGGACAAUCAGUUUAUCAAUCAUUCAUUAUCCCUCAGCUCAUGCGUCUUCUUGAACACGUUUUGAAGUCGAAAAGCGUGAUUUCAGUUCUAGAGAUCGGACCCGGACCUCAGACCGUUUUGGGGCAUCUGCCUGCCUACAUGAGACAGAGAAUUGGCAGAUACUCAGCAUGUGAGCGGAACAUAUCGUUUGCUGCGUCACUCAGGGAUUCUCUCUGUGCCACUCCAGACACGGAACUUCCUCUCCCUUGCCUUCAAGAGCCACCUCAAAUUCGUGUGGAGCGAUUCGAUAUAGGGCACAGAACUACGGACGACUCGAACGAAGAUGGCCUGGGGGAUGAACAAAAGUUCGAUAUUGUUCUCUUUUGCCACAGUAUGUAUGGCAUGAGUCCAAAACGCAAGUUCAUAGACCGCGCACUGGCACUGCUAGCUGAGCGUGUCGACGGUGCCAUGGUCAUAGUCUUUCAUCGAGACACAAGUCUGGAUAUUAACGGUUUGGUCUGCCUUCAUACGGCUUCAUUCCCCUCCAGCGCUGUGUCUGUGCCAGAUGAAGACGAACAUCUGGACAACUUUGCUACAUUUAUUGCGGGCUUUGCGCCCCAGCAAACCGACUCCCAGAAUGCCACCCUACAAGGAUGGCGAAACGUCUGCCGCGCCUUGUGCGACCAGGAGAAAAGUCAUACAGGCCAUCUAUUCUUUGGCGCUCCCAACAUCAUGAUGGCAUUCACCCGACAUGCAACCACUUUAGGAGAGCUGACAGCCGAGGUUCCAUUGGCUGAGGGGAUUCGAGUGAAAAGACCUCGGCACCCGACUGCGUUCGUCGUCAGACCUACAGAACUAUCUCAAGUUCAGAAAUGCGUUCGCUGGGCUCUGGAGCACAAGCUAAGUCUCACCAUCAUCGGCGGUGGCCACAGUGGUCACUGCCUGCAACCGAAUAUAGUCUCGGUUGACAUGGCUGCAUUUGACAAAGUCGAUGUCCUCCGGAUGAAAGAGAAUGAAAAAGUCGGCCCAAGCCUGAUAGUUGCAGGAGCUGGUUGCAGGAGUGACACCGUCAUUAAAAAAGCUAUGGCAGCAGGACUGACCGUACCCUUGGGGUCGCGGCCCAGCGUGGGUGCGGGCCUAUGGCUGCAGGGAGGCAUCGGUCAUUUAUCUAGACUGCAUGGGCUUGCCUGCGACGCCAUCGUCGGAGCGGUGAUGGUCAGUGUUGAAAGCGGCCAGGUGUUGGUCAUUGGCACCGUGCCUUCUCAACAUCAGCCGAAUGAUGCCAUCCAGCCAGAGAAUGAAGCUGACCUUCUGUGGGCACUGAAAGGCGCAGGAACGAACUUUGGUGUAGUGACCAGUGUUGUGUUCAAAGCUUACCCUGCCAUGGUCUACUCAUUUCGACAGUGGGUGUCCCCGCUGAGCGACCGACAAGAGGCGCAGCAAAGACUCGUGGAUAUCGACGCACUCGCUCGCGAGCUUCCACGCCAAACCUCUGCUGAUGCAUACCUCUACUGCGACUCUGAGGGACUGCAUGUUGCCGUUAGCAUGUCUGAGUGCGCCAUAGCCGGGCACGACACUGAGUCUUUCGCCGGGAGCCCAUCGGCUAUGACCGUCUUUCUGGGGCCUGAGAAUAGCAGCAAGACUGUGGAUGCUAUUGGUCUGUACGACACCGAGAUGUACAUUUCCUGUAUGCAUGGUGGACAUGGCGGAGGCAAGACGUCUUCAUUCAAGAGAUGCAUAUUCUUGGAUGGCAUAGGAAGCUUAGCUGUGGCAAAUUUAUUGAUAUCAGCUGUUGAAGAUCGCCCCUCGCCGCAAUGUUAUCUGCAUCUACUGCAUGGUGGUGGAGCAAUAUCCCAAGUGGCAGCCACCGCCACUGCUUUUGGGUGCCGAAACUGGACCUUUGCGUGCGUUAUUACGGGUGUCUGGCCCCGUGAUCAAGAUGGCUCUGUUACUGCUCGCGCUGCGGUGAAUUGGGUUUACGAUGUUGCGAAGAAAUUGCAACCCUUUAGUACCGGAGCGUACAGCGCAGAUCUCGGGCCGGACCCGAGAGACAAAGAAUUAGCAAUGCACGCGUUUGGACCAAAUCGGCUGCGUCUAUCUCAUCUAAAACGCAUCCAAGAUCCACACAAUGUCCUAUCUUUUACUUGCCCCCUUCCCCAGCCUGCAUCGCAGCAGCGGCUUAUAGUUCUUAUCACUGGCGAUACCGGCGUCGGUAAGGACUACUGCGCCAAAGUCUUGGCCUCCGAGUUCACGAAGCAUCAUGAAGAUCUGCGGGUGCGGGUUGUUAGUAUUAGCGACGCAACGAAGGCACAAUACACUGCAGCGACCGGGGCGGACCUUGCCCGCAUGCUUCACGACCGUGCGUACAAAGAAGAGCACCGGCCAGCCCUGACAAGGUUUUUCCAAGAACAAUUGUAUCAACAACCUAUGCUCAAAGAAGAUAAUUUUCUAAGCCUAGUUCAUGAUGCAGGAGAUGUGGGCGUGCUUUUCAUCACCGGAAUGAGAGAAGAGAAUCCGGUCGCAGGGUUAUCAUAUUUAGUGGCGCAUGCUCGACUAAUUGAUGUCCGUGUUACCGCGAGCACAGAAACUCGGCAGGCGCGCAGAGGUUUAUUGGGCGAUGAUGCAGAUACUGCCAAAGAUGGAUAUGUUCCCACUCUCAGCUUCGACAAUGAAGAGACUGGAAACGAGGCGGCGAGACAAUUCGCGGAGCGCUCUCUUUUUCCAUUUCUGCACAGUGACUUGCGACGGCUAGAGAAUAUGGUGCCCCCUAUCCCAGGCUUCCCACGUUCAGGCAUCUGCUUCCGCCACGUGCUCAACAUUGUACAACAGCCGGGCGGCUUGGGAUUGUGCACAGCUCUCCUACGUACUCAUUUCCCUGGCAACUGGAAUGGCAUUGAUGCCAUUGCGGGCUGCGAGACCGGCGGGCUUAUCUUUGCGUCGGCGUUGGCCAUCAGUGUCAUCAAGCCGUUGGUGCCUAUACGUAAAGCUGGCAAGCUCCCCCCACCCACGGUUUCCGCAGACAAGUCCUCAUCGCAUAUAUCAUCGGCGUCAUCCAAUGCCGCGAUAGAUACGAGAAUUGAGGCAGAUGAAGGCAUACUCUGCAAAUGCAAAUCCGUGGUGGUGGUGGAUGAUGUAUUGGCAACCGGCAAGACGCUUUGUGCUGUGCUUGGUCUCUUGAACAAGGCUGGCGUUGCUCCCGAGUGUAUCAGCGUUAUCAUCGUGGCUGAAUUUCCUGUUCAUCGUGGCCGACAGUUAUUGUGCCGACGAGGUUUUGAAAAAGUCGCAAUUCGCAGUCUUUUAGUUUUUAAUGGCAGUUAA